GUGCGUCUCCUUUCCUUUCCCUGGUUUUGUUUUGUGCUAACGGGGCUAGCAACGAACGGAGGGUCCUACAUCAGCGGACGGUGGCGGAGAAGACCGCAGGCGGCAGUGAGGGGAAGCAAAAAGCGAAGGACCGAAUACUGCCUGGCAAAUAACCGGAAAGAGUUCUCUGAAAGGCUGUAAAAUGUCCGACUUUGACAGCAACCCGUUCGCGGACCCGGACUUCAACAAUCCGUUUCAGGAUCCCUCGGUGACACAGGUGACCCGUUCUACCCCUCCCGGCGGUCUAGAAGAAUACAACCCCUUCACAGAUGCCAGAACGGCUGCCCCUGGAAAUGCCCCCAAGUCUGCUCCGGCACCGUCGCAGAACACACAACCUGCCAUCAUGAAGCCCACAGAAGAGCCCCCGGCUUACUCGCAGCAACAAACACAGGACCAGGCACGUGCUCAGGCUGAUUUGCUGAGAAGGCAGGAGGAGUUGGAGAGGAAAGCGGCCGAGCUAGACCGCAGGGAGAGAGAGCUGCAGUCUCACGGAGGAGCGGGUCGUAAGAACAACUGGCCUCCUUUGCCUGAGAAGUUCCCAGUGGGUCCGUGUUUCUACCACGACAUCGCGGUGGACAUUCCCAUCGAGUUCCAGAAGACGGUGAAGAUCAUGUACAACCUCUGGAUGUUCCACGCUGGCACGCUGUUUGUCAACAUGUUUGGCUGCUUGGCCUGGUUCUGCGUGGACCCAACCCACGGCGUCGACUUCGGCCUGGCCAUGUUGUGGUUUCUGCUCUUUACGCCUUGCUCCUUUGUCUGCUGGUACAGACCGCUGUAUGGGGCUUUCAGGAGCGACAGUUCCUUCCGCUUCUUUGUCUUCUUCUUUGUCUACAUCUGCCAGUUUGGAGUUCACGUACUACAAACAAUCGGCAUCACCGGCUGGGGCACAUGUGGCUGGAUCACAGCUCUAAUGGGCCUGAACACCAGCAUCCCAGUGGGCAUCAUCAUGUUGCUCAUAGCGGCACUCUUCACCACACUCUCCGUGGGUUCACUCAUCAUGUUUAAAAAGGUACACGCACUGUAUCGGACCACCGGUGCCAGCUUCGAGAAGGCUCAGCAGGAGUUCGCCACCGGCGUCAUGUCCAACAAGACGGUCCAGACGGCAGCGGCCAACGCUGCGGCUAACGCUGCUUCCAACGCCGCCCGUGGGACCUUCAAGCCUCAUCCAUAGACACAUUUUCUCACAUGCACACACACAUGCACAAAUCUGUCUCUGCUCAAUCACCCCCGAUUUGCUAAUGUCUUCAAAAAUUGUCUUCACUCCAAAUCUAACCUCAUGACUUACCCUGCUGGUGUGCUAGCCGGGCCCCGAAUGAGUCACCUCCGCUUCAUUUAGUGGGAUUUACAAGCCCACACCUAAAAAUAACCCCUUGCUCACCUUCUGUUUGACUGAACGUGUCCAUAACUCCGCAGCCACGCUGAGUGACGGCAUGACGCGUGCAAGUUCAACGAGGUUGCUAAUUCAUUAGCGUUGUGUCUCUAUAGAGAUGAGCUGCAUGUCCAUUGGCUGUUUGAUGGACGCCUUGUGAAAGGGACGACUCAAAUGGCGUGCGUGUGUGCUUGCGUGCGUGAGACAUCAUUUGUCUUUGUAGCUUGUCGCGCGUUAAAAAAAAAAAAAAAAUCUAAAGCUGCUAUCAAUCUGGACGUGGCCUACUGCUAUUUUUGGGUUCCUUCGAAUAAAGGAAACUCGCACUCCACUCAGCAAACAGGCCGACCUAAAAGGGAGGGGAGAGGGGGCAUACGAGUCAUGUGACCCAUCUGGAGAAACAGAUGAAAUGGUAUGAAUGUACUUAAACAAAACAGUCAGUGUUAAAUAAUUGGCAUGGAUUGAAUGAUGCACAUUAACCCGCAGACAACCUUUGUUGAGCCAAGGUACAUACUGAUUUUUUUUGGGGGGGGGGGGGGAAACUUUUACAACCUAGCACCGAACAAAGUAUACAGUAUAAUGAAAUGAUGACGUCCUCUCACAAAUUGACUGAAAUGAAAUCUGGCCCUGUGUAGUUGAACACAAAGCUAUUAUUAGCUUGGCAGAAUGGCAACAAUGAUGUGCACGAGUUAAUUGUAGCUUCUGCCGUCUAGUAAAACCAUUCAAUUGUUCUUCGUCUCACUGGCAUAGAUAGAGGAACAAAGAUACAUUAAUUGCAGUCGAAACAUAAUUUACAGAUCGGGUAAAUCAAAUCAGAGCAUUUCUGACCAGUGGUUGGAAAAGUGGCUGUGUUUAAAAGUUGUACAGACUACUGGAUUUGUGUUGUACUUUGCCGCCUCUCUCACAUGAAUUGGGGGGGGGGGGGGGGGCAUGCCAUAGGGUGAAUGACUGAAAUGUUAUUGUUGCAAAUGUUGAACUGGAUCUCGUGUUCUAGCUAAAGUGUUGACAGUUGACAUUAAUAAGCUGAAGCUAACCGCGGUACAGUAUUUAUUUUGUUUAGAAUUUUUUGGGGAACGCGUAUUUCUGUUAGUUGUUCUUAUUUAUGGCAUAAAUUAUGUUCUUUAUGGUUUGACAUGAUCAAUUGGACGGUGUGCUCGUGUUCAACGUAUGACUGAUGAAAUAAGACAAAUCCCUCAAGUGAUAUUCUACUGUAUGUCCUCAAAAGCUGUGAGAACUCUACCAAAUGUCCAUUUCAUUUUUUUUUUUUAUCAGUUUUUGACAUGUCACUUCACAAACAAUGGAAGUUGUAUUGUGCAAGGCGGUCUACACUUGAAGAAUGUGAACAAAACAAAUGAAAGAAAAAAAAAAAAGUGUUUUAGACCCGUGACCAUGUUACUUCACCGAAUCAAGUGUGUCAACUAAUUUAAGAGGAAUACCAUACUUGUACAUUCUGUAAAGAUGAUGAUUUGAUGCCCCCAUUAGGAGUCGCGUUAAAAA